AUGGGUCGUUCCAAAAGAGAACAUAAGGAUGUACCAGCUGUGCCACAGUUUAGACGCAGAAGCAAAUCAGCUCCUCGGGGCAGAAGCCCUGCACCGAAAGAGCUGAAGAAAGCCAAAGCCAAAGUGGAAGCAGGGUAUGUCACACCAUCUCCGCGUCGCCGGGACGAAAGCAGUGGCAGCCGGUCUAGCUGCAGAAGGAUUUCGUUUAGUGCAACAGACACUGUCACACCCAUCGUGGCAGAGAACGCAUCGGGCAAGAACAUGAGUGACGAGAAAGCAACAGAGAUCUUGGCGGCUUUGCAGGCGCAGUGCGAGGCAGAGAGCAAGAAAGACAAGAAGAACCAAGAUCCAUCCAGCAGCAGCGACAGUGAAGAGGGUGAAGAGGAUGAUGAGAAGAGCAAACCGGAGAAGAACAAGAAGGAUGAGGAGAAGGGCAAAAGCGAGAAUAACAAGAAGGAUGAGGUGAAGGAAACGCAUGGUAAGAGCAAGAAGGAUGAGGAGAAGAGCAAACCAGAGAAGAACAAGAAAGAUGAGGAGAAGGGCAAAUGUGAGAAGAACAAGAAGGAUGAGGAGAAGGGCAAACCGGAGAAGAGCAAGAAGGAUGAUGAGAAGAGCAAACAGGAGAAGAACAAGAAGGAUGAGGAGAAGGGCAAAUGUGAGAAGAGCAAGAAGGAUGAGGAGAAGAGCAAGAAGGAACCAGAGAAGAACAAGAAGGAUGAGGAGAAGGGCAAGAAGGAUGAGGAGAAGGGCAAAUGUGAGAAGAACAAGAAGGAUGAGAAGGACAAACCGGAGAAGAGCAAGAAGGAUGAUGAGAAGGACAAACCGGAGAAGAGCAAGAAGGAACUGGAGAAGAGCAAGAAGGAACGGAAGGAACCGGAGAAGAACAAUAAGGAUGAAGAGAAGGGCAAACAGAAGAAGACCAAAAAGGAUGAGAAGAAAGUGGAAGAAAGCUCAGAAGAGGAAGAAGAGGAGGGAGAAGAAAGUGAGGAGGAGGAGGAGGAGGAGGAGAGUGAGGAAGAUCUGGUGUCCAAGAACUCUGAUGAGGAGUUGGAGGUGAAAGAUGAUGGAACGGAAGAAGAUUCAAGUUCGGAUGAAUCUAGUGAAGCAAACAAGAAUGAGGAACAGAAUGAGGAUGAAGAGAUGAGUGAAAGCAGUGAGGAGGAUGAAGAUGAAGAAGGAGAUGAUGAAUCCGAGAAGAGCGAGGAAGAAGAAGAAGUUGAACCAAAGAAAUGCAUUCUGAAGAACCCGAAUCAAAGCACAGAGAGUGAGGACGGUGAGGACGCUAAGGGCACCAAGAGGAAGAAAGAGGAAAGAGGCAAAGAGAGAAACAAGAAGCCAAAGAAAGAGAGGAAGGACACUGACACAGAUAAGGCAAAGGGUAAGGCUGACGAAGAAGAGAAUGAAGAGAGCGAGGACGAAGGGGCAAAGGACAAGACAAAGAAAAAGAAGAAGAAGUCAAAGAAGGCAAAGGAUGAGGAUGCGCCAAAGAACAGCACAAGAUAUAGGAAGGAGUGGCAACAGCUGACUAGGUGGUGCCAGAACCCAAAGAGGUGCCCAGCUCGCAUUGUGGCAGCCGCCAAGUCCAAGGAAACCCGAGACAAACUAUUUGAAGAUUAUCUUGAGUCUGGGUGCAGCUUUGCGCAGGUUGAGGCACGUUUCGAGAGGCGUUUAGAGGAAACGCAAAGGACCCAAGUGAGAUGGGGUUUUCGUUCAGAACAAUGGCUUGUCAAGAACCAUGGAGAGCGCAAAGCAAAGUUGAUCAUGAAGAGAAAGAAGGAUCUCGGUUUGGUGAUUCCGGACCCGGAGUUCCCGGGUGAGGAUGAAUGGCUUUACUUUGUCAUGGUCGAGUUCAAUCUUGAUGACAUCCGGGAGCUCAAGAAGAUAACUCAAAUAGAACUCCAAGGAAGCCUCGAUGCAGAUGGCCUAAAGGCCUUUGUGGAAGGUGGUGGGUGCUUGGAUGGCAAGCAGCAUUUACAGAUUGGUGAGCUCGCUGGCAGCUCGGGGAUGAAGACCCUAGCUGAUGCCAUCCCAGCUGCAGGGAAAAAAAACCCAAAGAAACCAAGAAAGUCAGGAGGGGAUGAGAAAGACAAGGAUGGUAAGGACAAGGCUCCCCAACCAAGUACACAAUGUGUCAUGCCCUAUAAAGACUUUAGUUCUUGGUGUUAG